AUUUGCUCGAUUUCGAAGUCUACAAAAUGCAGGGAACGGCAACGAUAUUGUUAGUUGCGUUGGCGCUACUAUUUGGCCCAGAUACGACAGCCGGAAAAUCAGAUCCGGGCAUAGUGGAAGUCCCGGUGACAACGGACUUUCCCAGCAUUCGGGAACAGCGUCCCCUUUUGGCCAAUACGAAAAUCUACGCUCAAAUCAAGGGCUGCAAGUCCCAUGUGGAGACCAAUCUAACUGUAACCUUCCGGCUGACGGAGCACCCCUGCAUCUACGAUGAUCGCCGUCUUCAGGCAAUCUCCAAAGAUAGUGCGCUGCAGCAUAACAGCAGCAUCAAUAAUGUCAUUACCGAGGUCACCAAGACAUAUCCCUGCAAUGGACUCAUUGUCCUGGCCAUGGAUAAAGAUAAACCGGCUGAAGGAGGAGUGCCUACCGGAACGCCGGAACCCAAACAUCCCAUGCUGGAGAACAAACACCCACUUUCGCCCACAACAAACCCGAUUGCGAGCGUUAAGGAGGAUGGCAUCUACGAGAUUGAGGUGAUCAUCGCAGUGGGGCCAGUCGCCCAGUUCACUGCCGUGGUUCACCUCCAAUUCCUGGGACCACACGGCUAUAUCUCGGCCAUAGAUUGGCCAUUUCUGCCGUUCUAUUUAAUCAUGUGUAUUGUUUAUGUGAUAUUUGGCAUCAUUUGGCUGUUUGUUUCCUUCGCCCAAUGGCGGGAUCUGCUGAGAAUUCAGUUCUGGAUUGGUGGCGUCAUUCUGUUGGGCAUGCUUGAAAAGGCCUUCUUCUAUGCCGAGUAUCAAACGCUGACAAACAAAGGAGUUGCCGUGCAGCAUGCCGAACUAGUUGCCGAAUUUGUGUCCUGUGCUAAGCGCACGCUGGCCAGGAUGCUGGUCAUCAUCAUGAGUCUCGGCUUUGGAAUUGUCAAACCCCGAUUGGGACCUAUGUUGCAUCGGGUGGUGGGCAUUGGAACCCUCUACUUUGUGCUGGCCUGCGUGGAGAGCUAUUUGCGUAUCACCAAUGUGAAGACCGAUCGCAGUGAGCUGCUGGUGGCCAGCAUACCUUUGGCUGUUCUAGAUACGGGAAUCUGCUGGUGGAUCUUUACCUCCCUGGUGCAAACCACUCGCACACUCAGACUAAGGAGGAACAUGGUCAAGCUGUCGCUGUAUAGGCACUUUACCAACACGCUGAUCUUUGCUGUUAUCGCUUCCGUAAUCUUCAUGCUUUUUGCCUUGCGUUUGCGUAGGAUCGAAAACUGUACGCCUGGCUGGCGUGACAUUUGGAUCGAUACUGGCUUCUGGCACAUUCUGUUUUCGGUGCUGCUGCUGGUGAUUAUGAUACUAUGGCGACCCACGAAUAACAAUCAGCGCUAUGCUUUCACACCAUUGCUGGAUAAUCCAGAGGAUGAAGACGAUGAGGACGAAGAGGAUCAGUUUGUGGCCGAUGCGUAUGGUGUGAAAAUGCGCGGCCAAAAUGGAACGCCAAAGACGUCGACCAACUCGCGAAAUGCCACGAACAACGAGGAGGAUGACCUGCGCUGGGUGGAGGAGAACAUACCCUCCUCGAUGGGGGAUUCGGCCUUGCCUAUCCUAGACUCGGACGAGGAAAUCAUCAACACCAAGUUUGAGGUUUCGAAAAUGCAAUAAGCUGUGACAUUCGCUGGACCGAAGAGACUUUCUACGCAUAUUUUUGCACAUUCACACAUCUGCGUGUCACCAUCGCCAGCAGCAAAGCUAUGUAUUUUUUAUUUCUAUUCGCCAUCGAGGAGAGGGAAGCUUUACUGCUGCUGGACGGAAAAUUGCCGCGCUGCGCUGACAUAGACACAGAUCUUCCAAUUUUUCGAGACACAGUGUUUGUCCGGCCACGCCUUCUGAGAACCCGUGUAAAAUAUUGUAUGUACUUGUAGUUCCUUCUACGCGCACGUCCUCCCUCCUCUAAAUAAACCUAACUUAUUUAUAACACCUAGCCUAAGUUGUAGAUAAAACUACGCGACGAACCGUAACGCUUAAUUUAUAAACUUCGACUUCGAUUCUAUUGUUGAUCCCAUAAGUACACUUGCAUAUUUGUGUAUGAGCGAGUAAACUGUUGUCGCCUCAUUGUAUAUAGUUGGUAACACACACAAGAAAAGAAAAAAAAAACAACAGAAACUAUCUAUAUAAAUGUAUGAGUAUUAUGUAAUAACUAUGAUAAAAAGCGAAAAAUCUUUAACUUGAACUAUUUGCUGAUAACUAAAAUGAUUAAAAAGUAAUUGUCUAAGUAAGCACACAAUCACUGGCGUCACACACACACCUCAACGUAUUUAAAUAUAUUUUUAAUCAAAACGGUUUAAGAUUUUCAUAAAUAAAUGCAAUCGUAUCUUAAAGGUAGUCAUGAACCAA